CGAAGGGCUCGUCAGCUGGUCAUCCCACUCCCCCCAAUACCCACCAACUAUGUCGAAUGCCAACGAAGAAGUGCUCUCCUGGACUUCUCAGGACCCCCGUCAAAGCCAGCUCUUCGGCAGUCAGGGGGUGGUGUACCGAUUCACGACAGAACCCAACAGCCAGGGCGUCAACGUCACCACCUUGCUGAAAACAAUCCGAGUGAACAAGGAAGACCGUGUCGCGAAACUGGAGUGGGCAGCGAACGGCGGCCUCGGACGCGCGGUAAUUGGAAAGAACACCUACCCCAUGGCAGAUUUGGUCCGCGUCGAUUCACGAGCUGCGAAUUGCAGGAUGUUCAACGGCCCAGAUGGUUAUCAGUACCGGUGGCGGCCAAGUAAUAACUCGUUUAAUGACGUCGUGUUGCAAGACCAAAACAACAAUGUCAUUGCAUAUUACCGGCCCAUUCGACCACAAAGGUAUAACAUCGGCGACGUCUAUGGCGAGUUGCACUUUGUAAGGAAUGCGGGGGCUGGCGUCGUGAUGCAUCCCCCCCUCAUGGACACGGUAACUGUCACUGCGAUGCUCUAUCGCUUCGUCAUUGCCUUUGGCCUAUGAUGUUUGCUCGCGUUCCUAUCGAUUCACGACACAUAACUGCAAUCGUUGCAUGGUUCUAGGAGCAUCGCCAUUCUGUAUAUACUAUUUAUUCAAUGCGUGCAGGAUCAUGUGUAUAAUAACUCAUCGUGCAAAAUGUAUGAUUUUCAUCGUGCCG